AUGAAGACAUGUUAUCGUUGUUGCAGUGGUUGGACAGGUAUUCCUGGAAGUUGUCAAGGUCUAUCUAUCUAUGUAUCUCAUUCUCUUCGUAUCUAUCAUUCUGUUCACGUCAAUCUCAUUCUGUUCAUAUCUAUCUAUCUCAUUCUAUCUAUCAUUCUUCUGUUCAUAUCUAUUUAUCUAUCUAUCUAUCUAUCUCAGUCUGUUCAUAUCUAUUUAUCUAUCUAUCUAUCUAUCUCAGUCUGUUCAUAUCUAUUUAUCUAUCUAUCUAUCUAUCUCAGUCUGUCCAUAUCUAUAUUCUAUCUAUCUCAUCAUAUCUAUCCGUACAUCUAUCUAUUCAUAUCAUCUGUCCAUAUCUAUCUAUCUAUCUAUCUAUCUCAGUCUGUCCAUAUCUAUUCAUCUACUAUCUAUCUAUCUAUCUAUCUAUCUCAGUCUGUCCAUAAUCUAUCUAUCUAUAUCUAUCUAUUUAAUCCAUAUAUCUAUGGACAGUCUGAGAUAAUAACAUCUACAUUUAUCUAUCUCUUUCUGACCUUAUCUAUCUAUCUAUCUCAGUCUGUCCAUAUCUAUCUAUCUAUCUAUCUAUCUCAGUCUUUAUCCAUCUAUCUCAUUUGUCUGCAAAUCUUUAUAUCAUCUAUCUAUCAUUCAUCUAUACAUUCUGCUAAUAAUCUAAUCUAUCUAUCUAUCUAUCUAAUUCUGCUCAUAUCUAUCUAUCUAAUUCUGCUCAUAUCUAUCUAUCUAAUUCUGCUCAUAUCUAUCUAUCUAUCUAUAUAUAUAUCAUCAAUAAUAUCUAUUUCAGUUUGUUCCUGCCCCGUUAUCUCCGCUAGUCUCUCCCUUCUUCCCAUCCUUCCUAUUUGUAUAAGUUUAUUCAUAUUUAUCUAUCUAUCUCUCUUAGAUAUUAACGAAUGCAUUUUCAACAAUGGCGGAUGCAAUCAAAAUUGCUUUAACACCGAAGGAAGUUUUCACUGUUUUUGCUACCCUGGUUACCAUUUGGUAAACGGUAGUACGUGUGUUGGUAAGUAA